GUGUUAUAUCAUUUUAAUUUUCCUUGUUUCAGACAGUUCCGAGUCUUUUUCUAAUUGGAUUGAUAAAUCAGAAACAGCGAUAUGGUUUACGACUGUGGGGCCUGCAUAGCCAAAUAUGUGCUUUGCUUCUUUAACUUCGUCAUAUUCUUUGCAUUAAAUCUCUUUAUUUACCUUUUUUUUUUGUUUCAGCAAUUCACACAACCAACUGUGAUAGAACAAGCGUCGUAUAUUUUAAUUGCUGCUGGAGCUUUCAUGUUUAUCGUCAGUUUCUUGGGAUACUGCGGGGCGUUACGGGAGUCACGUUGUCUCUUAACAACGUACGGAAUUUGCUUGGUCAUCAUCCUGAUUUUGGAAGUCACUGCCGGAGGUCUAGCAGCUGCUUAUAAAGGAAAAGCGGAUCUGGAAACGCGAAAUUUCUUAAAAUCGACGAUCAGUAAAUAUUACGCUGUCCCAGAGAAGGCUGACGCUGUCACACUGAUGUGGAACCAUCUGCAAGCUCAACUGUCUUGCUGUGGAGUGGACGAUUACAGGGACUUCGACAGCAGCCCCAAAUGGGUGGCAGAAAAGGGGAGAAAACAGGUCCCGGAGUCCUGUUGUGUCCUCGAGGGAGAUAAAACGCUUUUCAAACCUACCUCACCCUAUUGUACCACUUCACCCUCCGAAUCAAACUCUUACUACCAAAAGGGUUGUUACGAAGCCCUUCAGAACUGGAUGAAGUCCCAUUUGAACAUCGUGAUUGGUGUGGGAAUUGGACUGGGGCUGCUGCAGCUGCUCGGAAUUUUCUUUGCUUUCUGUCUUUGCAGAUCAAUCGACGGGUACAUAAAGUGAUUGAAAUUGUCAAGAAAUAAUAAAGUGCACAACCGAAUAACAAUAAACAGACUGCUUAUAAACGCACUGUCAGUUCACGAUGCAGUUAUCAUACGUUCUAGUCCAAGUUCUGUACCUACAACGAAAUGAAGUCUUUGUCAUUCUUCGAAUAAUUAAAUCCGAACGGAAUAUUGGAACCAAAUGAAAGGAAAAAGGUGUUCUCUUGGUAAUAUCUACAAACAACUAUUACCAAACAUCGUAUAGUACCUAUAACCAAUGCACAUAAUGGCAUUUAAAUAAUGUUUUUUAUGGUGAACCAUUCUUUGUUUAAUAAUAAGUUCAUAAAUGAUAAAAUGUAAUAAGUUAUAUUAUUUUAAGACUCAUUUCCACUACUCAGUUACAUUCUAUUUAGCUUUCCACUUUGCAAGGCUAUCCGUAAUAUUAACAUUAAAGAAUAUUGAUUGUAAUUUGAAUUUGGAUAAUUUGUUUUUGAGUCCAGCUGGCGGACCAGUCUUUUUUUAAAUUGAUUAUCAUUUAGUUAUUCAAAAUUUCUAAUUCCUUAUUAUCUCCUUCGAUGCUGCCGACUAUUAUUAUUGUGUUAAAUAAUAAAUAGAUGAGCCUUAAAGUAAGAAUUUAUAUUUUUUUGCGUUUAUUAUUUACUCAUUCAGCUAGUUUGAAACGUGUUGCUUAAUUAUUAUUUUUGUAAAUAAGUGUGCUUCUCUGUUAUUGUACUAAGUGUCUCGUAUAAUUGUUAAUUUUUGUGUCUUAUUAAGAAUAUUACUUUAUUUUGUCAAUGAAAUUGUUGUACAUAGUCAUAUGUACACGCUAAAGGGUAUAGAACGUAAGGGGCCCAGCGAAACUACAUUCUAAAACAGGGGUGCUAUUCUUUUCACUAAUUCUUUUUACUUUUUUGAUUCCUUAUUUAGUUCUAGAAACACUUGUAAUAUAAAUCAGUAAUUCUAGAGGCUACAGAAUGGCAACGUAAUUUUGCUGUAAAACGUAACUUCAACGUACAUGUUUAAGGAAUUCAUUGCUCACAGUCAGGAAUUUUACAACAGAAAUAGAUAUGAAACGUUUUAGCUAUUUAUCAAAUGAUACAAUUACCUAGGAGUUAAGAACAGUAUUGUAAAUAAGUGCCUUUUUACUCUGUUAAAAAUAAAAUAAAACGUAAGAAGACUGAGGCACAGUUGCAAAACAUUUUCUCAUGGAAUAUUUUGUUUGAUAAAAUAAUAAAAAUAAAAAUUAUUUAUAUUUAUAAAUUUCUCAUAACGAUUUAGUAUUAAGUUUUUUUGUAAUAUCUCAUUUUCUAGUGUUCUAAAUGUUGUUAUACUUUUAUGAUUGUUUAUGAGUACGGAUAAGAUAAAAAUAGUGUCUGAAGAA